AUAUAAAAUCCAUCUUGAUUGAUCAUAUUUCGAAACAUGGAGACUUGAAUGUGACAUCUCAAAGAUUAAUUGAGGAAAUAAAAAGUCUUAGACUUGCAACAGAAACGCCAUCAACUGCUACUAUAUCUGCGAUAAAUCACAGUAUACUAAGAAAUACCAUCAACGAACAUGCUUUUCUUGCUGCCACGGGCGCCUUAGCGUAUUGGAAAAUGUCCCAUUCAAAAUUUCGAGAGAUCGUACCGCGUAUAGUAGAAUAUUAUCUUGUACACCAAUUCGCUAUCCGUUUAGGAAUGCAUUUACGUGCACACUUCAGAUUAUUAGGGGCAGAACCGACAAAUCGAACAGAUCCAGCCGAACAUAUAGACUUGGAUAGUUUAUUAGGUGAAGAUCCAGUGGUAGCUAGAAAUCGUGCCGAAUGGCAAGCGAACGUAACUGCUCUUUAUGGUAUCCUUGAUCGGGAAAUAUCAAAGUAA